AUGGGAAAAAAAGAUAAGAAGGAUAAAAAGAAAAAGGAACUUAUAGAAGUUGAAGAAGUAGUACCUGAAGAGUUGAAAGUGGAUCAUUCAGAGGCUCAAUCACCAGAUACUUUAACAACUUCAACUACUAGUACAACUACAACUACAACUACACCUGUGGUUACAAUGAAUCUUGAUGAAAUUGAUGAUGCUGUUGGUAGUGGAUCACAUAUUGCUGCAUUGGGAAUGAUGUUAAAGAAUUUUAAGUUGAAUUCUGACCUAACUCAUAUGACUGUUCCAGGUUCUUUCAUCUUGCCUAGAUCUUCGCUUAGUUUCUUUGCAGAAAACUAUGCAGCUCAUUUCGACCUCUUGAUCAAGGCAAACGGCAUCAAAGACGACAAGGAACGUAUGUUCCAGGUGUACCGUUACUACAUGUCGACAUUCAAGGUAUACGAUGACUUGACCAAGAAACCAUUGAAUCCAGUACUUGGAGAGACACUCCAAGGCAGUGCUUCGUUGCCAGACGCUGAAAAUGGCGCCAAACAACAUGUUCAAGUCAUUGCAGAGCAGAUUCAACACCACCCAUUCCCAAUCAGCUGUACCAUGGCCUACAACAAGGAGGCUGGUGUAUCAGCCGCCUACUUCAUGCCAGCACGUACCAACUUUAUGGGUACCUACUUUAAAUUCACACUCGAUGGUGACUUUGUCAUUAAAUUGGAACAACACGACGAAGAGUACAGAAUCAGUAUGGCAACGAUCGCCGUUAGAUUCCUUAGAAACUUUAGUGAGUUUGUUGGCAAGACCAAGAUGACAAGCAACAAACAUGACUAUCGUAUAAAGACAACUCUCUAUCCCAAACCACUGUUGUAUGGUUCGUACAAUGCUAUGGAGGCAACAGUCUAUAAAGGAAAGGAGAAAUUACAAAAGAUUAAAGGAUGUUGGGACCAAGAAAUCACAAUCAAUUCGGAGUACAAAAAGAAUGAUCAUACUACAUUCUUUAAGAGAAAGGGUAUGACUCCAUCAAUCAUCCAAACUCCACAUACCCUCUACGAGACUGAUUCAUCCAAUGUAUGGAGAGGUGUCUUUGAAGCAGCCGAUAAAAAAGCACCCAAAGAAAUGACAAGAGAAAAGUCAAAGGUUGAAGAAGCUCAAAGAAAAUUGGCAGCCGAUAGAAAAGCAAAGGGUAUGCCAUGGGUACCAAUUCAUUUCCAUAAAAAAGGUGAUGAUUGGUAUUUAAAUGAAAAUGAAUAUAUUCAAUAA